GCGACGAGGUGUCGUGUAGCAGCUCGCCGCAUUCCGCACAGUCAGCGUCCCUACUACCACUACUAUUCGUCCUUCGAGCCGACGAUUGCGACGUCGGCGUUGACGAUCAAACGGUCGCUUGAUCGCAGUGACGCAGUGAAUGUUUCGUUGUUGUUCGGUGCGAGUGUGUGCUUCGAUAGUGAGAUGCAGAUGCAGCAGCGGCUGAAAGAUGCUUCCUCGAGAUGAAGCAGUGAAGAAUGAAAUCGCGGCGAGCCAGCUUUACUUGAAGCUGGCACGGCAGCCCAGCUCGAUGCCUGGCUGAGCCUACUAGCCCCUAACUUCUUCUCUUAGCUAGAUUUCCUCCUCUCUCUGUCCGUCUCUCUCUCUCUCUCUCUCUCUCUCUCUCUCUCUCUCUCUCUCUCUCUCUCUCUCUCUCUCUCUCUCUCUCUCUCUCUCUCUCUCUCUCUCUCUCUGCCCCCUCGCUCUGUCUCUGCCUCUGCCUCUGCCUCUGCCUCUCUGGUGCUGCAAGCAAGUCAUGGAUCAGCUUCUCGGACUGCGCUCGACCUACUUCCUUCGGCCGUCAAGACGGGUGCAACCACCGCCACGACUGCUUGUCCUCUGCCUUCUGCUGGCGCUCGUUUCCGCGGUUGCGCGCGGCGUCGACGAGGAGGCCUCCUCGUCGGCGCCGCCCCCGACCGAGCCGCCGCAGCACAUCGUCGCCAGGUACCCGGGCAGCGAUGACGACCAGCUGACGGUGUACGCCGACUACAACACCACGCGCGAGGACAGUCUGCGCUUCAACCACCUCCUGCUCGAGCCCGCUAGCGGCAACCUCCUGGUCGGCGCCGUCAACAGGCUCGUGCAGCUCGACGCCGACCUCCGACCGCUGCAGCUCGUCAUCACUGGACCGCGCCACGACAACCCGCAGUGCCACGCGACGGGCUGCUCAUCGCCGGAAGUCGACACCCAGCUCACCGACAACGUGAACAAGCUGUUGCUGGCAACCGACGACGGCAGCCUGCUGGUCUGCGGCUCGCUGUUUCAAGGCGCCUGCGAAAGGCGCAACCUCAGCUCGAUCCAGCAGCUGUUGCAGAACUUCACGUUCGGCGUGGCGGCCAACGACGAGCAGUCGUCCACCUUCGCCUUCGUCGGUCCUCAGCGCUACGACACCUGGCACGAGCCCAACGUGCUCUACGUCGGCACCACCUUCACCAACAACGGCCAGUACAGGGACUACGUGCCUGCCAUUUCCUCGCGCCGACUAGACACCCUCGAGCUCGCCGAGGACACCUUCACCAAGCAGAGCCAGCUGUUCAUCGAGGUCAAGGACCGCGAUCAUUUCCUCGUCAAGUACGUCUACGGUUUCAACGCCAGCAACUACGCUUACUUCGUCGUCGUGCAGAAGCAAUCGUACCUGCCCGAGCUCGAGGAACUGGGCUACGUCUCGCGAUUGGCGAGAAGCUGCAUCACGGACGCCAAUUACGACAGCUACGCGGAGGUGACGCUGCAAUGCGACGUGGACACGCGCAAUGAGUCGUACAGGCUCGUGCAGGAUGCCAAGAUCAUCCCGGCGAGCGCCGACUUGGCCGCCCAACUCGGCAUCAGCAUCGGCUCCUACGUGUUCGUGGCUGCAUUUUCGCCCAGCAAGGGGAUUACCAACGAGCCACUGCCGAGGUCGGCGCUCUGCCUCUACAGCCUGCAGGAGAUCGACCUCAAGUUCAACGAGAACAUCCACGUGUGCUUCAACAGCAGCGUCAAGCACCGAAACAUGGGCUACAUCAGCGGCCAGGUGCAGAACGGCGAGUGUCCACAGUCGACGGGCAACAUCGGAGACUUCUGCGAGGAAGCCUUAAAAAUCUCGGGCGCGUCACCGAUAGUCGGUCAAGCAAUUCUACACUUUCCCGAUACUCUAGUCACGUCGAUCGCCCUUGCCAACACGGAAAGCCAUACUGUAGCUUUUCUGGGUACCGAGGACGGCGCCAUCAAGAAAGUCCUAAUCUCGGCUCUCGAGACUUCGGUCUACGAGAGCAUUGUGGUUGACCGAGGCCACAAAAUACUUCCGGACACUGCCAUUGCCCCUCAGGGCGACUACCUCUACGUUCUGUCCACCGGCCACUUGUCCAAAGUCAGAGUGCAGCACUGCAGCAGCUACACCAACUGCAACGGCUGUCUCGUCGCCGGCGAUCCGUACUGCGGUUGGUGCUCCUUGGAGAAACGGUGUACCGUGCGCCGAGACUGCCAAAAGGCCAACCGCAGCAGUCCACGCUGGCUGUCGCUGGGCACGGGUCAACAGUGCAUCGACUUCGAGCAGGUGCUACCCGAUCGCAUCCCUAUCAAGCAGAUGACCAAGGUGCAGCUGACGAUACGCACGCUGCCAGAACUGCCGGUCGGUGCCAAGUACAAGUGUGUGUUCGGCAACGCCGAGCCCAUAGACGCCAUAAUGACCCCUUACGGGCUGUCGUGUCCCACGCCGCCAAUACACUCCCGGCCCAGCAUACUCAAGGACGCCGACCACGUGCUCGUACCCCUGUCUGUGCGGUCCAGUGAGACCAACAAGGACUUCGUCUCCAGGAACUUCGCCUAUUUUGACUGCGCGCGACACACCAUUUGCUCGGAAUGCGUUAAGGCCCAGUGGACUUGCAGCUGGUGCAUCUACGAUAACAAGUGCACGCACAACACCACUGAGUGCAAGGGGGACAUUGUGUCGGCGGAAAACAGCAUCGGCCAAGCGAGUCUGGCGGCGCGCGGGGCGCAGUACUGUCCGCGCUUUGUGCAGCGCGCCAAGCGGAUAAUGCUGCCGAACAACGUGCCCAAGGAGAUCAGCCUCGAGGUGGAGAACCUACCGCAUCCGCUGGCCGGCCACACGGGCUUCCAGUGCUUCGUGAAGAUCGAGAGUGCGCACUUGCGAGUGACCGCGCGAGUCGACCGCAGCCGCUACAUCGUGUGCGAUAAGACGGUGUACUCGUACGAGGCGCAGAGCGGCGAGUACGAGGCCGAGGUUAUGGUCAUGUGGAACAACAACCACUACGUCGACCGUACUACCAUCGUGCUGUACAAGUGCGAGGUGCUGGGCUCGCACCGUGAGCACGCCGACUGCUCGCUGUGUGUGACUCGCGAGCGCCAUUUUGAGUGCACCUGGUGCGGUAACAGCUGCGUUUACCGGCACUCGUGCCUCAGCGCACCCUUCGCCGAGUGCCCCAAGCCGCGCAUCGACAUGAUCAAGCCGCUCAGCGGCCCGAUCGAGGGCGGCACGCUCGUCACCAUCGAGGGUAGCAACCUCGGCCUGCGCGAGAGCGACGUCGAUGGCAAGAUCUUCAUUGGUAACGCCUCCUGCAGCCUCGUCGACUACGAGAUCUCGGUGCGCAUCGUCUGCCGUACCAGCCGUCACGAGGCCACGGACGCCGCGCCCGUGAUCGUCGGUAACGUGGCCGGCUACACGCGCAGCGCCGUCUACUUCAGCUACAAGGACAUCCGGCUGACGGGCCUCUAUCCCGGCGUCGGCCCCCAGAGCGGUGGUACACGGCUGGCCAUCACCGGCCAGUAUCUAAACAUUGGCAGUGCGAUAUCGGCCUACCUCGACGAGCUGCCCUGCCAGGUGAACGCCACGCAGGCCAGCAGCACGCGGCUGACGUGUGUGAGCAGUCGGGCCGGCCGCAUGAGGCGGAUAUCGCGGCUGACGCUGAGCAUCGACGGCGCCAACCGCACCCUCCACGGUGAUCCGUACAACUACACGCACGACCCCACCAUCAUGGAGAUCAAGCCGCUGAGCAGCUUCGCGUCGGGCGGCCGCAUGAUCACCGUCCACGGCACGAACCUAGACACCAUCCAACGGCCCGAGAUGGUGGUCUACCUCGACAAGGACGCCGAGCCGAUCAAUCGCACGGUCUGCAGCGUGCUCAAUCCCACGCAGAUGGAGUGCCCGAGUCCUAGCGUCGCCUCGCGCUUCCACCACCGCGAGAAGCGCUCGCUCGCGCGCAAGGACUCCAGUCUGAUGCUCAAGAUCGGCUUCCUCAUGGACAACGUCGACUCGGUGAGGGAUCUGGACAAGCAACCCCUGGGACCGAGGAACCGCCUGGUCUACGUGGAGGAUCCCAAGUUUUUCUCCUUCCCCGACGGCAUUAAGCUCUACAAGGGCGACACGCUGGUGAUAGAGGGCGAGAGUCUGAACUACGCAAGCGACGAGAGCGACGUGAACGUGACCGUGGGCACGGAGCUGUGCAAUGUCACCUCGCUGGCGCUCACGCAAUUGGUCUGCACGCCGCCCGAGUACCAGCCGCUCGGCAGCGACGAACUCGGCUCGCGCACCGAGCGUGGUCUGCCGCUGGUAGUGGUGAGGGUCGGGCGCAGCCUCAGGUUCCCCAUCGGCUACCUGCAGUAUGACGUGAUCAAGUCCUACUCGAUACCGCCCGAGGCGGUAGCGGGUAUAGCCGCCACCACGGUCGGCCUGGUACUCACGUUCGUACUGGUGCUGGUAAUCUACAGGCGCAAGAGCACGCAGGCGGAGCGCGAGUACAAGCGCAUCCAGAUCCAGAUGGAUACCCUGGAGAGCAACGUGAGGAUGGAGUGCAAGCAGGCCUUUGCCGAGCUACAGACCGACAUGACGGAUCUGACGGCUGAUUUGGUGUCGUCGGGCAUACCCACCCUCGAUCACAAGAACUACAUCAUGAAGGUGUUCUUCCCGGGGGUGAUCGACCACCCGAUCCUCAACGACCCGCGCUGCCGCAACAACGCGCUCAGGACCAACUACGACGCGGCGAUGCUGCAGUUCGAGCAGCUGAUCAACAACAAGUGCUUCGUGCUGACGUUCAUCGAGACGCUAGAGUCGCAGGCCGACUUCAACAUACGCGACAAGGUGAACGUGGCGUCGUUGCUGAUGGUGGUGCUGAUGGGCAAGAUGGAGUACGCCACCGAUAUCUUGAUGAGCCUGCUGCUGCGGCUGAUCGACAAGUCGGUCAACAGCAAGCACCCGCAGCUGAUGCUGCGUCGCACCGAGAGCGUGGUCGAGAAGAUGCUGACCAACUGGAUGGCGCUCUGCAUGUACAACUACCUGAAGGACUGCGCCGGUUCGGCGCUGUUCCUGCUGUUCCAGGCCAUCAAGCACCAGAUCGAGAAGGGCCCCGUGGACGCGCUCAGCCACGACGCGCGCUACUCGCUCUCGGAGGAGCGGCUGCUGCGCGAGCAGAUCGACCACUCGGCGGUCACGCUGCACGUGGUGCAGGACGACAUGGACGAGAAGCACCAGUGCAAGGUUCUCGACUGCGACACCAUCAGCCAGGUCAAGUGCAAGAUCCUCGACGCGCUCUUCAAGAACCUGCCCUUCUCGCAGCGGCCCUCCGUGCACGAGGUGGACCUGGAGUGGCGCCACGGCCGCGGCGGCCACCUCACGCUUCAGGACGAGGACCUCACCACCAAGUGCUGCGGCGAUUGGAAGCGCGUCAACACGCUGGCGCACUACGGCGUCAAGGAGUCGGCCGUCAUGUCGCUGAUCCUGCGUCAGAACGACGCCUUCUCGCUCGGCUGCAAGCAGUCCUGCCCCGCGUGCGGCAGCAGCGCCAGCCUGGGCAAGGGCGGCUCGGCUCUGCACCUGCAGCACGCCGCGCCGCCCGCGCCACCUGCGCCGCCCGCGCACUACCCCUCGCGCGCCACGCGGCGCUUGCGCUGCACCACACCACCAUCGCCGCCAUCAUCACCAUCACCGGGCCACGCGCUCGUUGGCCCCGCCAGCGUCUACUCCGGCGGCACCGGCAUCUACUUCGACGGGCAGCACUCGCCGCCCGCGAUCAUCGCCAACGGUGACGUCGAGAGCGCAAACGCCUCCAGUCAGCGGCUCUACCAUCUGGUAAGCCGGCGAUGGAGGACGGCUCGUACGGCCUCGGGCUUGGGCUUUCCGAGCGGCAAGCUACCGCCGGGACUGCAGCCCGAGCGUACGCACAAGGCCAUCCCGGAGAUCUUUCUCACGCGUCUGCUCUCGACCAAGGGUACGGUGCAGAAGUUCGUGGACGACUUCUUUAACACCAUCCUGACGGCCAACGAGGCGCUGCCGAGCGCCGUCAAGUGGCUGUUCGACUUGCUCGACGAGGCGGCCGUCAAGCAUAACAUACUCGAUCCCGAGGUGCCGCACGCCUGGAAGUCCAACAGUCUGCCCCUGCGCUUCUGGGUGAACUUCAUCAAGAACCCGGACUUCAUGUUCGACAUUGACAAGUCGCCGACGGUCGACUCGAGCCUGUCGGUCAUCGCGCAGACCUUCAUGGACGCCUGUUCCACCAGCGAGCACCGACUAGGCAAGGACUCGCCCUCCAACAAGCUUCUCUUCGCCAAAGACAUACCGCACUACCGGGAGAAGGUCGGCAAGUUCUACGCCGAGGUGCAGCGCUUGCCGCUCAUCACCGACCAGGAGAUGUCCAGUGCCAUGCAACAGCUUAGCGCCUCGCACGCCAAUGAGUUCGACGUUAUAGCUGCGCUCAAGGAGCUCUAUAUCUACGUUGGCAAAUAUUACGGCGAGAUCCUAGAAGCGUUGGAGACGGAUCCGGGCUGCUGUAAGCUUCAUCUGGCGAACCGUUUGGAAAACGUGGCGUGCACGCUGGAGGGCGAGGAGACAUCGGCUUGCUGACGACGCAAAUUGUUGCCGCCGCCAUUCGACUAAAGAGAGAGAAGAAAAAGACGACGAGGAUGUACAUAAGCCGCAGCAGCAGCAGCAGCAGCAACCAGAGAGA